GCUUCGCAAUUAUAACCAUUUCUUCAAACCCUUCUCUCUCUAGAGCUCUCCUUUUCUCUCUCCAGGCUUAGAGAGAGAAAAACCAAUGGGGAUUUUCGACUCUGUGUCGGAUUUAAUCUCCGAUUACGUGGCCACUUCCCGGCAGAGGAAGAAAAAACCGUUUCAGGCACUUUAUUUAUUUAUUNUGAAAAUGGACUGUGACGGGUGCGAACGAAGAGUAAAAAACGCCGUUUCCAGAAUGAAAGGUACGAAAACGGUGGAGAUAAACAGAAAACAGAGCAAAGUGACGGUAACGGGGUUCGUUGAAGCGAACAGAGUGUUGAAGAAAGUGAGAAGAACGGGAAAAAGGGCGGAGUUUUGGCCGUACGUACCGCACAAUGUGGUGGCGUAUCCGUACGUCACGCAGGCGUACGACAAGAGAGCGCCGGCGGGGUUCGUCAAAAACGCCGUUCAGGCACUCCCAAGCCCUAACGGCGUUGACGACAAGCUCGCCACCAUGUUCAGUGAUGACAAUCCCAAUGGCUGUUCCGUUAUGUAAUGCAACAUCCACCCGAACCCUUUUUUUUUUACUUUGGUGUAAAAGUUAAUUUUUACUCCAAUUGCUUUUUACCCUUCAACUUUUAUCUCUUAUUUUUAUCCUAGAGUUAAAUUUUUUUACUUUCA